CUGGCCAACUAGAAAAAUAGAACCUACGGUUCCGCUGGUCAGCAUGAACCGGGGAAAAAUAACGUUCGGUAAAAUCAAUCUAAAGUCUUCCACCUUGCCGUCCGACAAUGCACCAAACCCUUCCACUUCUGCAACUGAACCGUCGAUGGAGGGUUUCGGAUCGUUUGGCCGCAUCGCAGCUCUUCCAACGCAAGCCGAUGCGGUUGAGAAAAUAGCAGAAGAGCUGGAUAACAGCAAGCUGCAAGAGGUGAUGGGCAUCACAGGGUUUGGCCGGAAACAGGCCCAGAAGUUCGACAUCAACGAAAUGAUUCAGCGUGCCAAACAGAGUGCACGGAAGGCUCCGAUCGAUCGACACAGUGUCAUCAACAAGCCGGCGGAUGAAGGCGACGCUGACGCUGACAACGAGGAUGUGAUCGGUCCCUUACCUUCGGUCGGCGAAUCCGAUGCCGAUGAGCGAGAUGAGGACGAAAAAGAAGAGGACGACGACGAGGAUGAUGACGAGUUCGAUGAGGAUGCACCGAUCAACAAGCUGCCACACUCGCACGAGGUUGAAAUGCGCCACGGCAGCAAGGCCAUCAUUGCGCUCGCCAGCGAUCCGUCCGGCGUGCGGUUGGCUUCCGGCUCGAUGGAUUACAACGUGAACUUUUGGGACUUUUCCGGCAUGGAUAAAUCGAUGAAAAGCUUCCGCUCGCUGCAACCGUGUGAAAAUCAUCCAAUCCGCGCGCUGCAUUACUCCUUUUCCGGCGACAUGAUGCUCGUCGUUUCGGGCAGCUCCCAGGCUAAGGUGCUCGAUCGCGACGGGUUCGAGAAGAUGGAGUGCGUCAAAGGGGAUCAGUACAUUGCGGACAUGUCCAAAACCAAGGGACACAUCGCGGGCUUGACGGCCGGCUGUUGGAGUCCAGUGAAGCGCGAAGAGUUCCUCACCAGUGCCCACGACUCCACACUGCGGACGUGGGUUUUUGCGAAGACUAAAGAGCAACGGGCGGUCAUUAAAACCCGUGCGCAGGGCGGUCUGAAGACGAUUCCCACGAGCUGCACGUACAACCGCGAGGGCACAUUGAUAGCGGCCGGUUGCAGCGAUGGGUCGCUGCAAACGUGGGACACACGCAAGAUGUUCGUCAACACUACGCACUGCAUACGGGAGGCGCAUGCCAAGGGAAGCGAAAUUUCGUCGGUCCUAUUUUCGUACUCCGGCUUUCAGCUUGCCUCACGUUCGAUGGACGAAACACUAAAGCUGUGGGACAUGCGAGCGUUCCGAAAGCCGCUGCACGUCUUCGACGGAUUGUACAGCCGUUACGAUACGACCGAUUGUUGCUACAGUCCGGACGACACGAUGAUACUGACCGGAGAAUCGCUCCCAAAAGGUGCCCAGCAGGCGCACCUUUACGUGUACGACACAAAAACCUUCGCCCAGGUAGCCAAACUCCCGAUCGCGGAUUCCCACGUGAUCCGCACGCUGUGGCACCCGAAAUUGAAUCAAAUUUUCGUCGGCUGCGGGAACGGCGUGAUCCGUGGUCUGUACGACGAAAAGCGAAGCAUGCGCGGAGCGAAACUGUGCGUCGUAAGGACACACCGCCGGAAGAAGGAUUCCGAGAUCGUUGGGACAACUCAAAUCAUUACACCCCAUGCGCUGCCAAUGUUCCGGCAAGAAAAGGUGCGCUCGGUGCGCAAAAAACUCGAGAAGGAUCGUCAGGAUCCGGUUAAAUCGAAGCGUCCGGAUCUGCCAAUCACCAGCGGUCAGGGUGGCCGAGUGGCUAGCUCGGGUGGAACACUCUCUUCGUACGUCAUCCGCAACCUUGGCCUGAGCAAGCGCGUCGAAGAUGACCAGGAUCCGCGCGAGGCCAUUCUAAAGUAUGCGAAAGAGGCGGCCGAAAAUCCGUACUGGAUUGCCCCGGCAUACGCGAAAACGCAACCCAAACCCAUCUUCAACAACGAAGACGAACCGGAGGCAAAGAAACCGAAGGCAGAGUAACAUUAAGGUAGUGUUUAAAAUAAUAUGACCAUCAAUGAUCAUUCAUCUGUGCUUAAGCUACGUUUUAUUGUAAACAUCGGAGAUGGGUUUUCACGGAAUUGGUUCAGAAGAUGCCAUCCUGUAGGCGGAAACAGUCGCUAACGAUCCGCCAUUUGUCACCUUCCGCCGUAAUCAUGAACGUUUGCUGGAACGGUUUGGUGGGAUUGUCCUGAAACCUAGCCGUGCCGGACACCUGCACGAGAAACGUCGGUUGCGUCGACACGGAUUCGUCAACGAUCGGUUGUGCAUCGAGCGUUGAGACCGUGUGCUCCGAGCGGGGCAGUUCCUGGAAAAAUUUCUCAAUCCGUUCCUUGCCACUGGACCCGUUUCCGUUCCACACCAAUAUUCCGUUUUCCAUGUAAAGUCGCGACAUUUGCUAAAAUAGAACAGUUAUCAUGUGUUUUUGUCUCAAAUACUGGUAAAAUAUAUACUCACAUGACGCUUUUUGUCCACGCUCUCGUAGUACAGCUUUGUAAACUCUUCCGCCGUCGUGCACGCGGCGU